CCCGAAACAAAUCGAUGACAGCGAGCAACGGGAAUUUUCACUCGCUAGGAGUGACGACAUUUUGUCAAUAAAUUGUGAAUUUCUUCAAAGUUAUAGUUAAAAUUCGUAGUUAAAUAGUGUUAAAAAAGCCACAAAGAUGGCAGACAAUGAACAAAAAGCGAUGCAGUUGAUAGCGGAGGCGGAAAAAAAGUUAAAUUCGUCGAAAUCGUUCCUCGGUUCACUGUUCGGAGGAUCAUCAAAAGUGGAAGAGGCUGUGGACUGCUACCUCCGAGCAGCAAACCUAUUCAAGAUGGCGAAGAAAUGGGCGCAAGCCGGCCAGGCCUUCUGCACCGCAGCACAACUGCAUCUCAAGGCUGGUGUCCGUCAUGAUGCGGCUACCAACUUUGUUGACGCAUCUAACUGCUAUAAGAAGUGUGAUCCUAAUGAGGCUGUCUCGUGCCUUCUAAAAGCUAUUGAGAUCUACACCGAUAUGGGAAGAUUUACUGUAGCCGCUAAACAACAUCAGAAUAUAGCAGAACUUUACGAAACGGAGUGCGUGGACUUGGCGCGGGCGAUGCAACACUACGAGCAAGCGGCCGAUUACUUCCGCGGAGAAGAAUCCACUUCUUCGGCUAACAAGUGCAUGCUGAAGUUAGCGCAGUACGCCGCGCAGCUCGAGCACUACGACAAGGCCAUACAGAUCUAUGAGCAGAUCGCGAAGUCGUCUCUAGAGAAUAGUCUUCUCAAGUACAGCGCAAAGGAAUACAUGUUCCGCGCCGCGCUCUGCCACCUCUGCGUGGACAUCCUCAACGCCCAGCACGCGCUGGAGAAGUACUACGGCCUGUACCCCGCUUUCGCUGACACCCGGGAGUGCAAACUUAUCAAGGAGCUGAUCGAGCAUCUGGAAGACCAGAACAUAGACGCCUACACCGAAGCGGUGAAGACAUACGACAGCAUAUCGCGCCUCGACCAGUGGUACACCACCAUGCUCGUGCGCAUCAAGAAGCAGAUCAACGACAACCCCGACCUGCGCUGAAUGCGCCCGCGCCCGCCACCCGUCUCUACAACCCAGUUUGUUGUCUGUGGUUAGGGAAAAAUUAAAAAAAAAGAAAAUUCAGCUGUGAAAUUAAA